AUGACUGGUACAUGGAAUGUCCAUACUUUCCUGGAUAAUGACCAUAAUCAUUGUCCAGAGAGAAAGACAGCACUUAUUGCUAGAGAGUUGGCUAGAUAUAACAUCAACAUCGCCACCCUUAGUGACUCUGGAGAGCUGUGUAAACUGCUCGGAGGUUACACCCACUACUGGAUUGCCAUACACAAUAAACUGGCAUGUUCAUUGAUGGAACUUCCAAAAGGCAUCAGCGACAGAAUCAUAACGCUCAGACUUCAACUAACAUCUAAGAAAUACAUUCACCUGAUCAGUGUCUACACACCUACACUGCCAUCUCCCGAUGAAGAGAAGUACAAGUUCUACCUAGAUCUCCAGUAUGUACUUCAGAGCAUUCCUUCUGUGGAUCAAGUCCUGCUGCUUGGAGAUUUCAAUGCUCAGGUUGGCAGUGACUUCAAUGCCUGGAAUGGAGGCAUUGGUCGCCAUGGAAUAGCAAAAUGCAACUCAAAUGUUCUUGAUCUUUUAACUUUAAGUGCUGAAUUUGAACUCUGUUUGACAAGUACAUAUUUUCGGAUGCCCGAUACAUAUAAAAUGACGUGGAUGCAACCAACAUCCAAACACUUGUGCCUUCUAGAUUAUGUGAUCAUACAGAAAAAAGAUCUUGGUGAAGAACUGAUCACACGUGCUAUGAGAGGCGCUCAAAGUUGGACAGACCAUCAUCUUAUGAGGUCCAAAUUAAACAUAACUUUGAAAGCACCAUGCCGAGUGUCACACAAAAUACCAUCAAAAUUAUCCUGCAAAAUCUUGGUCCAUGAUCAGACUAUGAGAGCAAAACUGGACAAUGCAUUCAGUUCUGAUGGGCUUUUGAUAUCCAAGUCUGCCUCUGUAGAUGAGCAUUGGAAUGUAUAUGCUACCAAACUGUGUAGAUGUGCCACAGAAGUCUUGGGAAAACCUCAGAAAAAGAACCAAGAUUGGAUUUACGACUCAGAUGCAGAGAUCAAAAAGCUUGUUAUUGACUUCAGAGCAUCUCUUUGCAGUCCUGGUCUUGACAAGCGUAAAGUAGCACAUUACAACAUGAAAGUGAAGGUGCGUGCCCUCAAAGAUAAAUGGUGGCUGAAUAAAGCCAAUGAAAUGCAAUCAUACACUUACACAAACCAAACAGGCAGAUUCUUCGAGUGCCUGAGAAAUAUGUUUGGCCCAAAAUCAAGGAAGAUAGCACCUGUUUAUGACAAAGAUAAAACCUGUCGGCUGACGCAACAGAGUGAUAUCCUUGCUCGGUGGGCAGAACAUUUUGGUGACUUUCUUAAUCCCAACCAUCAGACGACUGAUAUCCCACACAUGGAAUCACUUGAAGGCCUACCAGUCGAUGAACAACUUGCUGAUGCACCUUCAUUCAGUGAAUUCAUUUCAGCAUUGGCUAAGCUGAAAAAUAACAAAUCAGCAGGAUUAGACAACUUACCAUCAGAACUUUAUAAAUAUGGUGGGCCAAACCUUACAAACCCACUGUUUGUUGUAAUUUCAAAGAUUUGGGAGUGUAAAAUAAUUCCACAAGAUUGGAAAGAUGCCUGCAUUUUCAAGAUUUACAAAAGCAAAGGUGACAUUUAUGAAUGCAGUUCUGACAGGGGAAUCUCUCUUCUCUGA